AUGCGCGAGACGGUGGAGACGGUGUACCAAACCCGAGACGAGCUAGCAGCGCUAGAGAAGAGGUGCACGUACAUGACGGCAUGCAUCAUCGCCAAGUUUAGGCAUGCACACCCUGGCUCGGCACCAAACGUGUCUCCUCUCGAGGACUGCGUUAUGGAGGCGGAGAAAUUUGUGGAACGGCGUAAAAAACGAACAAUGGAACAAAUGGUCCAGAAUCAAGCGGCCGCUCGGAAGGAGCUCUUGGCAAACCAAGAAAUCAUCAUUGAUCGUCUGCCUAAGCCGCCGAUCAAGAAGGCUUAUGUUCCCCAGGGCACGCCGACGCGCAAGAGCUGGCACGUUGAGCGCCAUGUGACGGAAACGGUAGUUGAGGCGCUUACGGGUGAAGCAGGACCGCGCUUAGUCGGACUCGUUGGCGACAGCGGGGCGGGCAAGACCACUGCCGCGGCGGAGCUUGUUAGGAGUAACGUGGUGAGGGAGUCAUUCUCUGAUGGUAUCGUGUGGUUGACGGUUAACUACGGCGCGAACAAACGUCUCCCAUCCUUGAUGCUGCAGCUGGCCCGUAUGGUGCAAGAGGAUAUCGGGGGCAGGGUGGGUGGUCAUCCCAAUGAAUCUGGUGGCAAUGCUGAUGCCUACAUCAAGCAGAGGAUGGAGAACGGUCACGGGGGCAAAGGGUUGAAGUGUCUUGCAGUAGCGGACAACGUGUGGGAGAAGGAGGUGGUAUCAAUGCUGCUGAAGACUGGAAUGACAGUCCUCCUCUCGACCCGCCAUGAAGAACUGGUGACUGGGGCACGAGGAGUGCCCGUGCGAUUGGACGAGCUGUCCGCGAGAGAUGCGGAGUCCGUGCUGAGGAGCGCAGCAGAGCUACCCCCAGCAGUGCGCUUGCCUGACGAUGCUGUUGAUCUGAUCGAUCUGUGCGGCCGCGUGGCGAUGGACCUGGCGUUCGUGGGUCGGUGGAGCACCGUUCGCGGGAGGCACGAUCGAGUGGCUUGGUCAGAUGCGGCCGCAAAGGUGCGCGCCGAGAUCGCCAAGAUCGAAGGAGAUGACAUAGUGGAUGGUGCUCGAGGGAAUCGGCGGAAGGCCAUUCUCCAGGCCGGCUUGGAGGAUCUUGCAAUCGGGUCGGACGACGAGCGCGUGCAGCGUCUGUACUUGUCGCUUGCUGUUUUGCCGGAUGACCAAGGCAUUCAAGUACAUGAUGCUGCGUUGCUGCUGUAUGAUCGAGAUCCUACAGCUGAGGACGAGGAAUCGGUGGCACGGGUGUUGGACGUUUUAGAACGCUGGUCUGUCCUGCGGUCAACAUGGGCCUACAAGUACUACAUGCACGAUGUACAAUCGGAAUUCGCAAGGGCAAGCCUCAUGGAUCGUGGCGAUGUACGUCGGCAUGCCUUGAGGAGAUGGGUGGGAUACAUCUCUUCGCUUGAUACUGUCAGAUCCUACAAUGCUGACUAUCUCAAGCAUCAAUGGCUGGAUGUGGAAAAGGUUGGUGGGGAGGGUUGGGAUGAAACCCAUCCGUGCGAGACCGCGCUUGCUGAGAUGGACGACCCAGAACCCUUGCUCCAAGAAUCCAUAGCGGCGGUGGCAAAAGCUCACGAAGCGCACGAAGACUGGGAGAAAGCUAGCACCAUAUGGCAUCGAUCACUCGGCGUCAGCACCUGGUGGGGCCAAUCACUCGAUGGCGACGACGAGCACCGUUUUAGGGCUUUGAGGGCUUUGGAAGAACCUGAAUCCGGAAUCAUCGUGGAAUCGCGGCCCCACCCAAUCGCUUACGCCCGUAAAACGAACAGCAUUGUAGAAAAAGACCGAGUGGCGAGAGAAGUUGUUUGA